GACUGGCCACACCCCUGCAUUCCCGCGGGAUGCGGUGGAGCCGCGGGCACGGCGUGGGGGCGGAUCCCGGGCCCGGGGUCGCCCCUGUGCCCCGCGCUGCCCCGUCCACGCGCGUUCCCACGCAGCGCUCCCGUGUCCCGGCCGCUGCCGUGCGCUUCCUCCCGGCCGCGCCCCCCUCCUGCCGCCCCGUGGCCCCGACGUGUCCCUCACCGUGACCUUCCCCCUCUGCCCGUGUCUGUUUGUCUUUCCAGCCCAGCUCAUAGCCGGUCACUGGCACCGGGUGUUGACUCAGCGCUGGCCACCAGUCACCGCCGCUGUCCCAUCCCCGCGGCCCCCGGGCCGGGCUCCGGCUGCUGAUAAUGCUCGGGACUCGGCGAGGAGGUGGCAGAGGUGACCAGACCCGCUCUGGUGACGGUUGGGGUCUCAGCCCGCCAGCAAAGGGACCUGCCAUGGCGUUGGCAUUGUCCUACUGUGUCCUCCUGCUGCUCCUGCCGGCCCUGGGCCGCACCGGGGGACCUGGCCCCGUCCUUGUCAACCGCCCCUUCAUCACCGUCUGGAACAUCCCCACCGAGCGCUGCGCCACGGAGCACAAUGUCACUCUCAACCUGGAGAUCUUCGAUGUGUUGGCCAACGACCAGCAGUCCUUUUCCGGGCAGGACAUCACCCUCUUCUACACCAAGGAGCUGGGGGACAUGCCCUACUACACACCUGAUGGGGUGCCAGUGAAUGGGGGGCUCCCCCAAAAUGCCAGCCUGCAGGCCCACCUCCACGCGGCCACCCAGGAUAUCAAGGUCAUGCUGCCCAGCCCUGCCUACAGCGGGCUGGCCGUCAUCGACUGGGAGAAGUGGCGACCGCUGUGGAUCCGCAACUGGGACUCCAUGGACAUCUACCGGCAGAAGUCAGAGGAGCUGGUGCAGCAGCAGCACCCAGAGUGGUCCUUCAAGAUGGUGGAAGAGAAAGCCAAGCAGCAGUUUCAGCAGAGCGCCCGUGACUUCAUGGAGCAGACCCUGAAGCUGGGCGAGACCCUCCGUCCCAAUGGCUACUGGGGUUUCUACGGCUUCCCUGACUGCUACAACAAUGACUUUAAGAGCUUGUCCUACACCGGGAUGUGCCCAACCGUGGAGCAGCAGAGGAACAAGGAGCUGUCGUGGCUCUGGAAGAGUAGCAGGGCACUCUAUCCCAGCAUCUACCUGCCCUCCUGCCUUAACGGCACCAACAAGGUGCUCACCUACGUCCGGCACCGCGUCGCCGAGGCCUUUGCUGUUCAGCGUGGUGUCCUUGAUGGUGGCAUCCCUGUUCUGCCCUACUCCCAGAUCACCUUAGACAACACUGUCGAUUUCCUCUCCCAGGAGGACCUGAUGAACACCAUUGGGGAGAGCGCAGCUCAGGGCGCUGCUGGCAUCGUCCUCUGGGGCAGCCUCGUCUACAGCGCGUCCAAGGAGUCGUGCCUGAAGCUGAAGGACUACAUAGAAGGGCCCCUGGGCCACUACGUCGUCAACGUGACGGCCAGCGCUGAUCUGUGCAGCCAGAGCCUGUGCUCCGGCCAGGGCCGCUGUGUGCGCCGGGAGAACACGCAGGGCUUCCUUCACCUUGACCCCUCCCGCUUCUCCGUCGACCUGCAAGCUGGUAAACCCUGGCUGGUGGCACAGAGCCUGGAGACCGUCGGUGACGCCUCCCGGCUGGCCGAGGAAUUCACCUGCCAGUGCUACGGCACGUGGCAGGGGCCGCGCUGCAACACCCAAAGCUUCACUGAGUGACCUCCUGCCCGUGCUGGGGACACCAAGGUGAGCAGGGUGACCACCCUGCACCCCAGCACCUUUGCCGUGGGGUUGGGAACCCAACCACGGGGCUGCUAAUAAAACCA